AUGGAUUCCCAAAUCGAUGUCUCUAAACUCAACGAAGCGGACCGGAGGGAGGUGCAGCAAUUCGUCGCGAACGAGGCGCAAAAGGCUACUAUCCAGUCAAACGUCCACCAACUGGCUGAUAUGUGCUGGAAGAAAUGUAUCACAGGCAGAGUGUCCGGAGGAACCCUUGACCGUAGCGAGGAGUCAUGUGCUCAGAACUGCGUUGAUCGAUGGAUUGACACCAGCAAUGCCGUGCUGAAGCAUCUGGAGACGUUGAGGGGCAGCCAUUAG